GUCGGGGUGAGGGGGAGUGCUCCCUUCCCCUUCCCUUCCCGAGCAAGCCGGAGCUGGCGAAGGCGCCUCUGCAACUCCUCCUGCCCCGCCGGUGCCGUUAGCCGCCCGCCCGCAGCAUGAUCUGGAAAACUCUCCCGCUGCUCUGCGCCCUGAUGGCCGUCGCCCGCCUGCGAGCCGAGGAAGAGCCAAGGAGCAAAUCCAAGAUCUGUGCCAAUGUUUUCUGUGGAGCUGGACGGGAGUGUGCAGUGACUGAGAAGGGAGAGCCAACCUGCCUCUGCAUUGAGCAAUGCAAACCUCACAAGAGGCCUGUGUGUGGUAGCAAUGGCAAGACAUAUCUGAACCACUGUGAGCUGCACCGUGAUGCCUGUCUCACCGGCUCCAAGAUCCAGGUGGAUUACGAUGGCCACUGUAAAGAGAAGAAGUCUGAGAAUCCAGCUGCAAAUCCAGUUGUCUGCUACCAGUCGGACAGGGACGAGCUUCGUCGCCGUGUCAUCCAGUGGCUGGAAGCUGAGAUUAUCCCAGAUGGAUGGUUUUCCAAGGGCAGCAACUACAGCGAAGUCCUGGACAAGUAUUUCAAGAGUUUUGAUGAUGGUGAUUCUCGCUUGGACUCCACUGAAUUCCUGAAGUUUGUGGAGCAGAAUGAGACUGCUGUCAACAUCACCACCUACAUGGACCAGGAGACCAACAAGCUGCUCAGGGGACUCUGCGUAGAUGCCCUCAUCGAGCUGUCAGAUGAAAAUGCCGACUGGAAGCUCAGCUUCAGUGAAUUUCUCAAGUGCCUCAGCCCAUCCUUCAACCCACCUGAGAAAAAGUGUGCCCUGGAGGAUGAAACCUACGAGGACGGAGCAGAGACCCAGGUGGAGUGCAACCGCUGCGUCUGCGCCUGUGGGAACUGGGUGUGCACUGCCAUGACAUGUGACGGGAAGAAUGAGAAGGGCCCUGCUCGGAGACAGCGACCUGAUCAAGACUUGACUGAGGAGGAUCUGGCUAGAUACGUUCAGGAACUGCAGAAGCAUCAGGACACGGCCGAGAAGACCAAGAGAAUGAGCACCAAGGAGAUGUAAAGGGGCCUCCACACCAGAGGAGCCCAGGAGGAUGGGGCCAACCUUCUGCCCUGUCCUCCAGCGCUGAUCUCAGUAUGCACAAGCGUCUGCUACAGUUGCCCAGUCACAGAUAUUUACAUUGUAUAGCGAUGGGUUAUUUGUUUUGUAAUACACAGAGAAUGGGGCUAGGAAAGGGGAGCAGAGCCCACCUAUUCAGGGAGCUUCAUUGCUGGGGCCUUGGAAGGCUGGGAGGGAUUUACAGGGUCUCAGAGGCUCCUUUCCCAGAGCAGUCAGCUGCUCCCUCCAAGAGCUAACAGGGAUUUGUUGUUUCCCCUUGAUCUGGGGAAAGGCCGGAGGUCAGUGCUGGAUAGAAAAGGGGGUCUUUAAUCAGUACAGCUGCCGGCAGUGGCCUUGGCUGCAGAAAUCCAGGCCCAGCACUUUUGUGGCUGAGCACGUGUGCCACAGGGCAUCGUCAGCCGAGGACCCUGCUCUGCUUGCCCUCCCCUUUGGUUCGAGCUCCUCACAGCUGGCCAGCCUGGUGUGACACCUGGAAGCCAUGACGCCAUGCUGCUGGCAUGAGUCCAGCAUGUUCCUCCUUGCUUUCCACAGACUGUCCCCAGCAGCUCUUCCAGUACUUUGUGGGCUCCCACACAACAUGGUUCCUUUUGACCUCAUCUCACUCUUACUCUCCCUGCCCCUUCCUUAGAGGUGCUAUCAUAUGGUUUUUGUCCUCUUAUCACAUUCACACGCUGACUCCCCCUUUUGGUUUUGGGUUUUUUUUAAUUACUUUAUUCCCUAUGGUAGUAAUUCAACUUUUGUAUGUUUCGUAGCUCUAGAUCUUUCAAGAGAACCCAGCCUGUGGGUUUUUGCUAUUGGCAGCGCUGUGAUGCCCGUGCACACUUUGUGUCGCGCUGCGCUCGGCCACCGCCAGCACCACCAGCAGCUUGUGAGCUCCUGCGCCACAGGGCAUUGCUCAGCUGGGGAUAGCAAUGCCCCUCCCUCGUGGGAACAAGAGACAGGGCUGAAUGGAAUUGACAGGAUCAGGGACAGAUUGACACUGCAGCUCUCUGGCUCUCACAGCUUUAGCUACAGCAUCUCUUGGUGGGUCAUUUUCCUCUGACCCGUUUCUCAGAGCAUCGGUUGUAGAUAUAAAUGAAAUGCUGUUUUGUUGACAAUACCUCUGUAGCCUCAAGCCCAUCUGAUUUUUUUUCUCUCCUGCAGUUGUCAAAUGUACUCCAAACACUCUCACACAGGAACAUCCAGUUUCCACCUUCCCAGCCCAGCUGUGCAUCCCGAGCAGUUGCUGCUUGUGACUUCCAUCUUCCUGUUAGUGUGCAACUUCAGGAGUUGUUGCCAGGUGUCUGGCAGUCCCUAGUGCUCACUCAAACAAAACUCCACAUGCAAAAAGAAUGUUCUGCUUGAGUGAAGAUCAGCAGGACUCUUGCCCCAGCCUUCCCCUUUUUGCACAGUGCUUUCCUUGGAGGGGAAGAAUGAGCUCGUACCGAGCAAGUGUAGGAAAAGAAGACAGAUUGUUCCCUCCUGUGGUCUUGUCCAUGAGCCAGAUUUGUUAAAGGCUGUUUGGUCUUUGAGCUGUUUGCCUGAUGUGAACCCAGAGGACUUCCACUGACUUGGGCACAUUCCCACCUUGCCAUUUCCACAAUUACCCCACCAUGCUAGGAGGUUUUGGCAUAACAGAUACGGAAGGGAGCUGGUUCUUCGCCCACGGAGGGUCUGGAUUUGAGAAGCUGUCACCUGUGAAGGUGAGGGAAAUGAAUCCAUAGGAGCUGAGAGUAAUGUGGACAACUCUACCCUGGGCCAGAGUCACUGUAUUCUGGUGGCACUGGAUAAGUGGUUGGUGGAACAGGAGCACCCUCGCUUCUCCCCAGUAGCCUGAGCAAAACAGCUUCAUGUGCUGGAUCUGGAAGAACAUUGUUAGUAAAUGUCUUGCUUUACUCUGACCCUCUGAAAAAAAGUUGGUGCCCCCCAGCUCACUUCCUUCCAGCUUGAAUCCUUGAAGUGCCUUAGAGAAAACACAACAGCUUGCCUUAAAGGCUUUCCCUGGAUGGAGAUAGCAUCUUAUUAUCCAGUCAGGAAAAUCUCCAACUGGGAGAAGCAGAGCAUGUGCAGGAAGGAAAGGCUAAUCCACAGCUGAAGGGCUGUUGUAGGCUGCCUUGUGUGAUACAUUCAGUCGCUGACUCCUGUGGAUGUGUCUGUCAUUGAGGAUCACUGCUGGAGACAGCUGGAGAGGUGGGUGCUGGCAAUUGAGGUUUACAGAGCUUGUGCUUUGACUGAAGGCAGAGGGAUGAGAUGCUGCCUCGGGCAAGGCAAGCUGAGGUCUCUGACAAGCCAUACCACAGAUCCUAGGGUAGCCUGGGGUGAGAGCCCAGCAAACCUGCCUCCUUUUCAUCCUUCUGCCCUCAAAGACAAAAACAACUGUGGGUUCUAAGGGCUAGGGUCCCCAUAGGGGACUGACACAUCUCUCCUCCCCACAAGGAGGGGAAGGAAGGGCAGCUGUUCGGUGGGCCGUGUACUCCUCAGCAGGCUGGCUGGUCACUAACUUCUGUGGGGGGACUUGGCUGCUGGCAAAGAAAGUGCAGAGUUCCAGCCAUUGCCUUCUGAGACAAAUGCUGUACAGAGUGUAAGGGGCACAGGGAAGGCUUUUCUUUUUUCUUUUAUUUUUCCCCCCCAAAAAUGCCAAAUUUAAGCAACAAAUAAAAAGUCCCACUUCUGCCUCUAUAUUCCCUCCUGUACGUGUGUGAAGUUUAUCAGUAUUCUGUAGGUUUCCUUAGUGCACUUAUUUUACUUGAUUUUGUAAUUUUUUGGUUUUUGAACCGGGGAGGGUUGGAUAUUACUGCCAAAUAAAUGAAACAAACGUUUGAAAAUGG